AUGACUACAAUCCAAGACGUUAGAACUGAGGUUCCUGGUGGAUACAGUGAGGUAGGACACUCCGCUUCAAUUAACGUUGCUAGUGGUAAAGCUGCAGACCUUUUCCAACGGUCAAGCCUUGGCGGCGAAAGAGCACACAAAUCGAUAGCACAAGCCCUGCAGAAGCGUGUAGAAAGCGUCAACCAAGAGGAGUGUGAAGCAGGCGACGAGAAUUCAUUUUUCGUAUGCGAUUUGGGCGAAAUACAAAGAUUGUACACACAUUGGCGCCAAAAACUACCGCGGGUUCAUCCUUUUUACGCGGUGAAGUCCAAUCCUAACAAGCGAGUAUUAGAGACUUUGGCUCAAAUGGGCGUCAAUUUUGACUGUGCCUCCAAGUCUGAGAUUGAAAUGAUACUACAACUCAGCGUUGAUCCAUCCAGGAUCAUCUAUGCCAACCCUUGUAAAGCGUCGUCUUUUAUCAGGUACGCUAAGAACAGCAACGUGAAGAAAUCCACGUUUGACAACGUUGAAGAGCUUGCCAAAAUCAAGAAAUACCAUCCAGACUCAGAGCUGCUUCUGCGAAUCGCAACAGAUGACUCGACCGCGAAAUGCAGACUCUCUACCAAGUACGGUUGCGAAAUGGCCAACGUGGACUCGCUUUUGGCUAAAGUCAAGGAGCUUGGGCUCAACAUGGUUGGAGUCUCGUUUCACAUUGGGUCUGGCGCGUCGGACUUCAGCACCUUUUACAAAGCCGUCAGAGAUGCCCGCGAGGUCUUCGACCACGCCCGCGCCCGUUUUGGGCUUGAAAAUGUGCAUAUUUUAGAUAUCGGUGGUGGGUUUCAUCUCGAAACUUUUGAUGAAUCCAGUAGCGCUUUGAACAUUGCUCUGGAGGAGUUCUUUCCACCUGAGUGUGGAACUAAUAUAAUUGCAGAGCCAGGCAGGUUUUUCGCUGCAUCACCCUUCACGCUGGCUUGCCAUAUCAUUGCAAAGAGAGCCCAUAAUGACCGCGAAUCCAUGCUCUACAUAAAUGAUGGCGUUUACGGCAAUAUGAACUGUAUAUUGUUUGAUCACCAAGAGCCCACUCCUAAAAUUUUACACCAUAACUCUGAGUUUCAUUACUGGGACCAGGAGUCCACGUCUGCUACUCAAAAUAGUCACUGUGAAAACAAAGUUUCCAUCUGGGGUCCCACUUGUGAUGGGUUGGACUGUAUAACCAAGGAAUUUUACAUGAAGCACGACCUCUCUGUUGGAGAUUGGCUGUAUUUCUCAGUCUUAGGAGCCUACACUUCAUCGGCGGCGACUCAAUUCAACGGGUUCGAACAAACGGUUGAUGUCAUCUACGUUAACUCUGCGCAGCUGUGA